CUGACUUUAGCCAAUAACUCAUUCUAGACCAAGAACGCAUUGGUUUCCUGUCUUCGCUUAACGGAGCAAUAAGGAGUUCUCUCGCUAGCAAGCCAGGCAGGUCUUCGAUCGUCAUACUCUUCUCUCCAGCCACGGUUGAUGGCGGCGGUGUCGUCAUCGACCACCAACACCUCGGACGGCAGCGGGAAGCCGUCGUUGUGCCCGAGGGGUCACUGGCGGCCAGGGGAGGACGAGAAGCUGCGGCAACUCGUGGAGAAGUAUGGCCCCCAGAACUGGAACUCCAUAGCCGAGAAGCUCGAGGGCAGAUCAGGCAAGAGCUGCCGUCUCCGGUGGUUCAACCAGCUUGACCCGCGGAUCAACAAGCGUCCCUUCACGGAGGAGGAGGAGGAGCGUCUGCUGGCGGCGCACCGCGUCCACGGCAACAAGUGGGCGCUCAUCGCCCGCCACUUCCCCGGCCGUACCGACAACGCCGUCAAGAACCACUGGCACGUCGUCAGGGCUCGGCGCAGCCGCGAGCGCUGCCGGCUCCUCGCUAAGGCCUCCUCAUCCACCUUCCCGGCCUACUCCUACGGCGGCGGGGGCGCCCAGCUCGACUUCGCCGGCGCGUCGGCGGGAUCUCUUUGCUUCGGCUUCUCCAAGCCUGGUAGCGGCGGCUUCUUCACCUCACCGGCGGCGCCUUCCUCUACCCCGGUACUGUUCAAUGGUUACGGUGCUUCAGGCAGCAAGAACUUGCUGUCCAGGUACAGCAGCUACAUCGUGGACGGCGGCAAGCAACCGGCGCCAUCUUCGCUCUCCAUCGCUUUCUCCUCUCCAUCUCCAAGAGAAGCACUAGCUUUCGAUGGCCGUGGCGCCGGCCAUGACCAUCACCAGAGGAAGGACUACCAUAAUGUUGACAGUGGCGAAACGCCGAAGACAGCGAAGACUAAAGACGCGCCACCGUUCAUCGACUUCCUCGGCGUCGGUGUGUCCUCCUGAAUUGAGGCCUGGACAGAUCGAUCGCAGGAAGCGGGCUCUGCGGCAUCCGUCAAUCCGUUGAUCGAUCUGUGUUGUUAGAGCAUAGCAUCGUCAUUAAUUGGUAAUUAACUGGUUAGAUAGGCGUAUGCAUGCAUGCAUUGUUAAUGGCAGCGAUCAAGGAGGGCGUUAAUUAGAACUGUGAUGAUCGUGUGUCGAACCAUCAAAUAAAGUUUCUGGCACAUCGUUGGUUUCUUCUGGUUAA